UUCGGCUUCUUGACAUAUCUUUCACGUAAAGGCUCUGCGGUGAUACACACGUGGGAAGCUUUAACUCAUCGCCGCCGCGCUAAAGAGUUGGAUCUAAACCAGACAUGUCGAGUGAGGACGUGGAGCGGCUUUUGAUCCAGUUUCAGGACGAGAAUGGGGAGAUCCUGGGUUCACCUUUUGAUGUGCCUCUAGACAUCACCCCAGACAAACUACAGCUCGUCUGCAAUGCAUUGCUUCAGAAGGAUGAGCCAGUGCCACUGGCAUUUUUUGUGCAUGGUGAGGUGGAGGUGGUGUCCAGCCUGGAGUCAUGUGUCAAGGCUCUCGGGGUUGAGACCGAACAAGUUCUGCCAGUGGUGUACCAACCUCAAGCUGUGUUCAGGGUUCGGGCUGUGGCACGCUGCACAAGCACACUGCAGGGACACUCAGAAGCUGUCAUCUCAGUUGCUUUCAGCCCCACUGGCAAAUAUCUGGCCAGUGGUUCAGGUGAUACCACAGUGCGCUUUUGGGACUUGACAACUGAGACGCCCCAGCACACAUCUAGAGGACACACACACUGGGUAUUGAGCAUCGCCUGGUCACCAGAUGGAAAGAAACUGGCUUCAGGAUGCAAGAACAGUCAGAUAUGUCUGUGGGAUCCAGUGACAGGUGCACAGAUGGGGAAGACUUUAACAGGACACACCAAGUGGAUUACUUGGCUCUGCUGGGAACCUCUCCAUCUUAAUCCAGAGUGUCGGUACUUAGCCAGUAGCUCUAAGGACGGCUCAAUACGUAUCUGGGACACGGUGUUGGGACGAUGUGAGAAGAUCCUGACUGGACACACUCAGUCAGUGACGUGUGUGAAAUGGGGAGGGGAUGGACUUCUGUACACUUCUUCCCAGGACAGGACCGUCAAAGUGUGGAGAGCAAAAGAUGGUGUCCAGUGCAGGACUCUGCAGGGCCACGCCCACUGGGUGAACACCCUUGCUCUCAGCACUGACUAUGUCCUGCGUACAGGAGCUUUUGAACCUGCAACUGCCACUGUGAACCCCCAGGAUCUCACAGGAUCAUUGGAAGAGCUGAAGGAGAGAGCUUUGGAGAGAUAUAAUAAAGUCAGGGGUUCAGCUCCAGAACGCUUGGUUUCUGGCUCAGAUGAUUUCACCUUGUUCUUGUGGAAUCCAGCACAAGAUAAAAAGCCUUUGGCCAGGAUGACCGGCCACAGCGCUCUGGUCAAUGAAGUGCUCUUCUCCCCAGACACCAGGCUUUUUGCCUCUGCCUCCUUUGAUAAGUCUAUUAAAAUCUGGGAUGGACGCACUGGAAAGUACUUAACGUCCCUCCGUGGCCAUGUGGCAUCUGUGUAUCAGAUAGCAUGGUCAGCAGACAGCAGGCUGCUGGUCAGCGGCAGCAGUGACAGCACGCUUAAAGUGUGGGAUAUUAAGAGUGGAAAGCUCAACAUGGACCUGCCUGGCCACGCUGAUGAGGUUUAUGCUGUGGACUGGAGUCCUGAUGGGCAGAGAGUGGCCAGCGGUGGAAAAGACAAAUGUCUCAGAAUAUGGAGAAGAUAGUCCAGGAAGAGAACUGUGGCUAUCACAGUAUCACAUCUUCUGCUGUCAACACCCAGCUGGAACAAGGGUGGCUAGACUUCAUCUAAUUACCCAUUUGACUUCAUAAGUGUCUGUCAAUAAGCGGCAGUGUGUCAGCGAAUGCAACUGCAGACACAAUACAAAUGCCCGUGUGGGAAUAUUACCAGUGUAAGAGCUUAAAGGAGGACCAGAAUGUAAAAUCAUCAUCAAUCUCUUAAAUUUAUUGCUAGUAGAUUGUAAAUGUAGUGUACUUUCUCCUGUUAUCUCAUCUUGGUGUACAAAUUGAUUUUAGAUCAGGCACUCUGACAUGGCUUCAGAAACUUGUUGGGUUGCCAAAAUCCAAACAAGGUUGUGCAUUUAUUAAAACAUAACCUAACGCAUGCUUGUGAUAUUCCAUUUUGGAAUGAAUUCGUGAAUUUGAGAAGGACGUGGAUAUUUCUCCGCAACAUGUUUGCCACUUUGUCACCUUAGGCCUUACCAGAUGAACGGUACACUGUGAAUAACAGGUGGGAGCACUAAUGCCUUCCUCUGUGAUGUAAAGGCCGACGAUGCUCGCCCUGCUCCUUCAGCCUUUAAUCUCCUCUGUCAGCAAAGCUGUAAUCUGUUGAUUUUUUUCUGCCUCUGUGGUGAAGCCAAGUGUCACCAACUCUGAACUGUCUGAGGCACAACCAACAACAGAAGUGCCAGAUUCUUGUUCCAGGAAUGUAAAUAUAACUGAGUAUAUUUGUAUUUGUUUCCCAGCCUCACUUCACAACUGUCUGAAAAAUCAGCUUGAAGUGGUCAUUUGGUAUAAAAGCACUGGUGGAAACUGCAUGUGAAUUAUAUGGUUAAUUAUUUACUUUAAUGGUAAGUCUAUGGAGCUCUGUUAAUUAUUAACUCCACCUCCAACAGCAGAUUAUUUCAAAAACUAUGCAAU